AUGGCAAUACCCGCCAUCCUCCACCAAACCGCUCCACGCGACGAGGGACGCUGGGAUCCUCGCUGGGAGAGGUGCUACCAGAGUUGGGGCCGAGUGUGCAGUGGGGUUCGGCGCAUUCUCUGGGACGACGAGGGCUUGCGGGCAUUGGUUCAGGAGGCCUUCCCAGAGCACCUCCCGACCUACGAUUCAUACGAGCACCAGAUUCAGCGAGUAGACUUUGCAAGGGCAGCAAUGCUCUUUCUCCACGGUGGCCUUUACGCAGACAUGGAUGUCGAGGCUCUCGACAACCCCUUUCCGCGCCUUCCAGCUGGAGUAAGCAUCGUGGCAAGCCCGUAUGUUGAAAACGAGAAGCAUCAGAACUCCCUCAUGGCCUCACCAGCAGGGCAUCCAUUCUGGCGGGCAUUGGCUGCGGAGGCAGCGCGGCGCCGCGCUACACCGAAGCUGUACCGGACGACCUGGCAGCUCACGGGACCCCAGCUCUUGGAUGCUGUGGUCGAAAGGUACGGGAGCGAUGUGCACGUCCUGCCCGCAGACGUGUUCAAUCCCUCUAUGAGCUCGCCUUCUUUCCAUGCACCUCAAGUCAUCACCCGGCAUCUUUGCACCAGCGUCUGGACGCACGACAUGGAUAACCUUGGGAUGGCCUUGUACCAGGCAGCUCGUGCCAGCAAUGCCGCAGCCGCUCAGAGGGCAGCAGACACCAAGGCAGACCUCGACUGCCGUGACUAUGCCGGCUUGACUCCUUUGCAUCAUGCUGCGAUCAAGGGCGAUGUUGCCAUGGUCUCCCUGUUGUCGCGUUUGCGGGCAGAUGUCUCCGCCAAAGAUAAGAACGCAACAACACCUCUCCACUACGCAGUGCAGAUGUCGCACUUUGAGACUGUGAAGCUGCUUCUUCACACCGGCGCUGCGGCAGACGUCCGCCUGUUGGAAGGUCCCUACAAAGGAGCCACACCGCUGGAGCUGGCGCCAGCCCCAAAUGCUGACAUCAUCUCCAUGGCGCAAGAAUGUGACAUCAACUUCAUCUGUAUAGCUCACUACGGGAGUUUCCUACAAGAGUUCAUUGUCCUGGCCACCUUCGCCAUUUCCUUCACGCUUUGGCGUCACUUCGGACGCUCCGCCCGCCAGUCUCGGAAAGCUGGGCUGGUGGAGACACCAGUGGAGAAAUGUCCGGCGCCGAAGGCACCACGUGUCAAGAGCUCCCGCAGCUUUACCGACCAGGAGAAGGAGCAUGUGAAAGCUGCGGAGAAGGAGAUGCUCGCCUUCCUGGCCUCCUGCGAGUUCACCCGGGCCUUGAACCAGUACCGAGGGCUUCAACGAACAGGUCUGGAAGUGUUGUUGAGCGAGGAGGGGUGGGGCCUGGGCUUCUCUGCAGUUGUUGGCACAGAGGAGUUAUUUGCCUCGUUCGUGCAGUCCGCCGUGCGAGUCAACAAGGUGGAUGUGGCCGAGCGGAUGCUUCGGACCAUGCGGCGCGGCGGCCUCGUCCCUUCGCCCGAGUUCUGGCAGCACACCAUGAAGCUCCUCUCCAGUCGCCGUUACUUUGAGCUGUGCCUCUCCGCCUACAGCAUCUUUGAGCACCUGAUUCCGGCAGACAAGGUCACCUUCUCCUGCCUGAUCAAUGCGGCGCUCGAGCUCAAUGUGCCCGACCGCACCCCACCGCUGCUCGCGAAGUUCAGCGAGGCGAACAUUGCACCCAAGGACUAUGUACUUCAUUUCCGAUGCUACGUGGCGCUUGGAAACGUCAAGGAUGCUGAGAAACUUUUUCAGCAGCUUGACACCAAGGCCAGCACUCUGAUGUUGAACCUCCUCCUCCUGACCUGCAUCAACUGCGGCCGGUCGGAGCGUGCCUUUGAGAUUCUGCAGGAAGCCCACGAACGGGAGCAGCGGAUGAAGGUUUUCGACUCUGGCCCCAUGCAAAUGCCAGGAUCAAGAGAGACUCUGGUGGAUGUCGCUUCUCGGCCGCAAGAGGUCUCCUACAACACAGUGAUGAAGGGUUUCGGGACGGCUCGGUCCCGACUUCGCUGCUUCGAGUGCAUGCGGAGCCUUCUGAAGCACAACUUGCAGCCGGAUGACAUCACCCUCGGCGCCCUCCUGGAUGCUUGCAUGGCGGAGAGCGAUCAGACAGUGGCCAGCGAGAUCAGCGAGCUGUUCCUGAAGAAUAAUGAAGAGCUGAAUCGAGUCAUGUGUACGCUCUUGAUCAAGGGCUUCGUGCGGGGUGGAGGCCUCCAGAAAGCUCUGGCUCUCUUUGAGGCCAUGAAGCAAGCAAGUGUUGUCCCAGACAUCAUUGCAUAUUCCGUGCUCAUCAAGGGCCUCGUUGACCAGCACCAGUUGAAGAAGGCUUUGGACAUAUUGGAGGAGAUGAAGCUUAAUGGCCAGAUCCCCGAUGACAUCAUCCUGACCCACCUUUUGGAAGGAUGCCGAUACGAGCGCAACUGCGAGCUUGGGCGGCAAAUCUUCCAGGACCUAAUAUCUCUUGGGGUUGCUCCUUCCGAUGUCACCUUUGUGACCCUCUUGAAGCUCUUUGGGCGUUGCGGUGCCCAUCAGGAGGCCUUGGAACUGGUCCAGUCCUGGGAGAAAAGGUUUGGAGGCAAGCCUACCGUGAUCCACUACACCUGCCUGAUGAGUGGCUGCUUCCGGACGAGGAAGUAUGACAGCGCCUGGGCAGCUUUCGAGCUAAUGCUGGCAAGCGGUAUCGAGCCGGAUGCUACGACCAUCGCCACGAUGCUGCCCGGCAUGGUGGCAAGUCAGCAGUGGGAUCGAGUGAUGAUCUUGGCGCGCAAAGCUUUCCGCAAUGCCAGCAACCUUCCCGUGGAGGCCUUGAACCAUGCGCUGGCGCAGAUGAGCGGCUCCUCGGCCCCUCCGCAGUUUGUCGAGGAGCUGAAGGCCUCCAUGAAGCAGGCGGGGAUCCGAAUCUCGGCGCGAGGUGCCGUCGGCCGGUGA